GCCAGGGGAUAUUCAGGUUAGAUACUAGGAAACAUAUCUUGUCAGAAACAGUGGUGAUGCACUAGGACAGGCUGCUGAGGGAGGUGGUGAAGUCAGCACCCCAGAAAGUGUCCAAGAAAUGUAUAGAAGGUGUGAUGUAAAUGGCUUACAGAGCAUUCCUGAUUUUCUUGGUUUGCAUUCUGUAUUUCUAAAAGACAAAACCAAAAGCAAAGGAAGCAAAGAGGGGCUGAACACCUCUUGUUUAUUGCAUUAGCAAAGUGUUUUUUUGCAGUAGGUGGGCACGCACUGGGAAAAGGUGGCUAUAGUUGUCUGUUCCCAUUUGGGAAAGUGAUUUCCAGCCCAUGUGGAGAACCAAAGGGACAUCCAGGAGGCCAGCAGGGAUCUACUUGGAGGACCGCACAGGAAUGGGGAAGCAAGGCUGAGGUGAAGGGUGAUCUCCUUGCAACACAGCUUUAUUUGCCUCUCGCCUCAAGUUCAAACAGCCCUGGUGCUGGGCAUGACCAGCAACUAGUUCUGCUCAGUGACAUCGGCUUGGGUAGCUCCAGCCAGCCCGGCCUUGGGUGCCACGCCGUGAUGUCACAGUGCCCACACAGGGGCCUGAUGGUGACACCUGUGCAUCUCCCAGCAGAACGCCCAGGCCGUGCUGGUGGAUUUCUCUUGCCAGCAGGCAGGGAGAAGACUGCCUUGGUGCACAAGCGGCUGCACGCUCAAUCUUUGAUGCAAACCAGAAAGGAGGAAUUGAAAUGGAGGCAUCAGCAGCAGAAACAGCUUCUGUUUCUGAGCUGGAGGGGCUGCUUGAGACCUCUGCCUUCAGUCAUCUCCAGGACAGGACCCAGCAGCAGCUGGCAAUGCUGCUGGAACAGCAAUAAUGGAAGAACAGGGACUCAGAAAUGGUUCCGGUUGAGGAGGAAACCAAAGGUUUACAUCUGAGUUCCUUCAAGGAAAGUGCUGGCCAAGCCAGCAUCUUCCCAUCGCUCAGCUUCCCACAGAAACUCUGGGUACUGGCAGAAAAUGAGAAUGUGAAGAGCAUUUGGUGGGGUCUUGGAGGAAACUGCUUGGUGAUCAAAGAAGAACUGUUUCUGGUGGAAGUCCUGGCCACGGAAGGACCUGUAAGAGUGUCUGGCUGUACAAGCAUGAAGAGCUUUGUUUGCCAGCUCAACUACUAUGGCUUCACCAAAGUUUCACAGGCCAUGGAAAGAUCUCCUUUGCUUCCUGAGUUUCUGGCUGAGGAAGAAGUGUUUGCUAGCAAUAGGAAAGUGUGGGUUGGUGUUGAACACUGUUUUCCACACUGAGUAGCAUGUCAGACCCAGUUCUGAGAAGAAUGCUGCACCCCGUGGAGGAACUGGAGACUGCAGAGGUGUCUGGUGCAGACAGUCUUGCCCUGACACCUGCCACCAUGCCAGCAUCCAGCUCAUUGUGGGGACUGGGACGUCACUGUCACCAUAGAGACAGCUGUGAGGAUUCGGUUUCAAAAGAUGAAGAGAAGCUGGGAAUUGGAAAGGAGGAAGUGUUUUUAGCCACAGAUCUAAGAAAGGACAGGCUGGCAUGGAGAAAGAGAAGUUCCAGCAGAAGGCUCUGAAGCAAACUAAGCAGAAGAAAUCCAAGUCGGCUGAAUUUCUGAUGGUAAAAGAAGAGAGAGGAGCAACAGAAGGCAUUGAAAAUCCAGCUUUUAACAUCAGCAGCACAGAUCUUUCAGCAUAUCAGACUUCAGAGGAGGAAGUUAUUAGACAUGACAAGCUGCAUAGCACCCUUGCAGCUCACCAACAAAAACUCAGGCUGCAAGCCCAUGCUGAACCAAGAGGAAAUGAGUACAGCAGAAAUUACUUUGACCUGCUGAUGGAUGAGGAAAUAAACCCAAGGCAGUGUGGGAUGGAGGUCAGUGAAGAAGAUCCUGUGAAAUUUGAAGAGCAAAUCCUGUAUGGUAAACUGAUGAAGCUUCUAGAUGAAGCAAGCAAGAUAAUGGACUCUCAAGCCCCUGUCACCAGUGAAGAUUUUUCAGACUCCGUGAUGCCUGUCAGCUUCAGUAAGACACAUGACCUUCACAAGGAGCUUGAAGAUGAAGUGAUUCCUUCAUAUAUCGAACAGUUCGAGAGAGAUGUUCAGGAUGACAUAAUUAUGUUUGGCAGCUUUUCACUGGAACAGGUCAGACUUAAGAACUAUGAGAUAAUUUUAUCGCUGUCUUCAUAACCUGAUGCUGGCUUGUUGACCUUGUACACCCCAAUUCUAUUUCACUGCCCAAUGAUACAUAUAUUGAAAGAGAAAAAGAUAACCCAUUUUAUCGGCUUGCUUCAUGUCACUGGAACUUUGCUUAGCUAA